CGUCGCUUGCCAGCACUCUUUGUUUCUAAUUUCUUUCAGGUAUUACUGACCCCCCCCUCUGCUAACCAUGGCGAGGGCACUAAAAGAUGCUGCAUCCUCCAAAGGUCAGCAGAACAUUACGGCUUUCUUUGGCGGCGCGUCUGGCAAGCCCAUUCCCAAACCUGCGCCAAAGGCUGCAACGAAGGCGGCCUCUAGUUCUCGUAAGAAGAAACCUGUAAUUAUAUCUGACGAUGAACCGGAGGCUCCAAGCGACGGUAUGGCGGUGGAUCUCACAGACGACAACGCCACUGAACCCCCCUCUGAACCUGCUGACGACUUAGAAGAUCCGAGUGAUAGCUCGGAUACGGACCAUCAAACUCUAGCAGAUGCGGACGAGGAUGGUACACAUUCUGAGGAAACAUCCUCCACAAGGAAGAUUUCUACAUAUGUCGGCGGUCCAGACCUGCCUCCAAUCUCUUCCAUCCCUUCGAUAUUUUCGGACAUGGUCAAACGGUUUCCUCAGAUCAAGUCUGUCGUGGAGCACUUGAACGGCCGCAAAAUGCGAGUUGCCACUAUGUGUUCUGGGACCGAAUCACCCCUCCUUGCCCUCGAUCUUAUUCGUAGAGCAGUUUCUGAUUUAUAUGGAAUCAACCUGGAGUUUGAACACGUAUUCUCGUGCGAGAUCGAGCCAUUCAAGCAGGCUUAUAUUGAACGCAACUUCCAUCCUCCCCUUCUAUUCCGUGAUGUUUGCGAGCUUGGAAAUAGUCAUGCGACGACGGUGUAUGGUGCUCUUGCACCUGUUCCGGGUGAUGUCGACAUGUUGAUCGCGGGCACUUCCUGUGUCGACUUCUCAAAUCUCAACAACGAGAAGCAAGGCAUUAACGAUGGCGGGGAGUCCUCGCGUACAUUUCAAGGCAUGAUGUCGUGGGUAAAGCGCCAUCGACCUCCUUUGGUCAUUAUGGAGAAUGUGUGUAGCGCACCAUGGGCCGAGAUUAUCAAAUAUUGGGAACGUACAAAAUACUCGGCUUCGCAAUUACGGGUUGACACGAAGUUCUACUACAUCCCUCACACUCGGACGCGUGGAUAUCUUCUCGCCGUCGACAAGAAAGGUUCAUCUUUGACUGAGAAAUGGAUGAAAGUCCUAAAUGAAAUGAAGCGGCCCGCUUCUUCCACUCUUGACGCUUUCCUCCUUCCUACCGAUGAUCCUCGUAUCCAUCAAGCUCGCGAAAAAUUGGUUCGAGAAACCGAGAAAGAUAGAGGAGGCCGGCUGGAUUGGUCACGAUGUGAAAAUCGUCAUCAAAGAGCGCGUUUGGACGAACAACUUGGUAACAAAAGACCUCUCACUGGUUGGGAAGAAGGUGGUCAAUGCAAACUACCUGAUUUCGCAUGGAAUGAUUGGGGAAUUGCUCAGGUUGAGCGAGUUUGGGAUCUGAUGGAUAUCUCCCUGAUGCGGGAUGCCAAGAAGGGUGUCGACCCUUCAUUUAAGACUCAAGUGUGGAAUUUGUCGCAGAAUGUUGACCGUUCAACUGGUUCUAGCAAGGCCGGAAUCUGCCCAUGUUUGACGCCGUCUAUGAUUCCCUACGUAACCAAUCGUGGUGGCCCCAUGGUUGGUCUGGAGGCGUUAUCACUUCAAGGUCUGCCUGUGGACGAAUUGCUAUUGACCCGGGAAACCGAGGAUCAGCUUGCUGAUCUCGCUGGCAACGCCAUGUCCACCACCGUCGUCGGAGCAGUCAUGAUGGCAGCCAUGUUUGUUGCUAAAGAGUUACUCAAGUCAGGCGACGACGGACAGACUUAUGAACAAAAGAAGCAGAUCGUCGCAGAUGAUGACGAUGAGGAAGAGGAUGCUACCAUGGAGAUUGACCAGUCACAUACCGGCGAUUCUGUAGAAGAUCACAUCACGGGCGAGGGACUUCUCACAGAGAAACCACUUCCCUUAGCUGCUACAUCCAAGACCUCGCUGCAGGAACUCUUGACGGAUGCUGAAAGAAGCGUCAGGUUUUGUCUCUGUGAAGGACGUACCACUGUCACCGACCGACAGGUACUCCGGUGCAAGGACUGUGGCUCAACGGCAUGCGUCAAGUGUGCAGGUAGACCGGAGCAUAACUAUGAGCCUAUCGACGUUAUUGCCAAUCCUCGUAUCCAUCCUUCUCAAUUCGAGCAGAAGCUCAAGGACACACUGCCGAUGUCUGUAGAGGUCGGCCCUGUUACCCAGGAUUUGCUCGACGACUUGAAGACGUCUGCUGCACUUUUGAUUCCCGAGAAGCGAUGGACAAGGUGGACGCAAGCAGUCCUCCGGGCGACCCGAGAGGAGCUUCGGUUUGCCGAGCCGAAACGCCAGGAUAUCUGGAGCAUUACUUAUCAGUCUCCUAGUGCUUUACUAGAGCUCUCGCUUCACCCUCAACAGCCUGAAUGGCGGCUCUUCGGUAAGCCAUUAGACAACGAACCGGCCAACUCGGAGCUCCGUAGACUUCUGGAGAAUUACCCUGUUGCUCGCUUCGUGUGCAAAGAUGGUCUUUUUAAUGGUCGCUGGGAAUUCGCUUUCCCUCAUACAAUCGCCGUACCUCUCACAAUCAAAGGGAGCGAGCCAGUACCCUCGUAUGAGCAGAAACUGGGCUUACAAGUUCCGAAUCUCAGAGACAAGAUGGUCAACUCGAUUCUGAACAUUUCGGUACCUGCCGAGCAAGUUCAGAAGUUCGAGCGGAACAUAUCUGGAGCAUACACUCUGUUCGAUAAGUGCGGUACUGCCAUGGGUGCGUUGCACAAGAAAGAGGCAACGGAUGCAGAUUCCGGCCUCCCUCCUAUUUAUCUCUUCUUGGAUCCCUUUAGAUGUUCCGAUCCAAAAGACGAUGGAUUCGUCUUCUCCAUCAGCAAGAGGCGUUUGGAGUACGGUGAAACUCGACCUGUGAUUGCUGAAUUAGACGUGAAGUGGAGACAGUCAACUAAGGAAUCUCAGGUCGUAUCCUGCAUUGUUCCCUACCGCUGGACAGAAUCCGCAGAAGUCAGCUUGAAGCCUGCCCAAAUUCGCGACGCUAUUUGUGCGACGCCGGCAGCCAAUUUUGAGCUAGAUCUAACCACAGAGUCGUGUGCAAGUAAUAGAGCUUUCUUGGUCUGUAAAGUGCCUUUAGACGAAGAGGCGGGGCCUGAAUGGCCUCGAGGGCGUUGGCAGGAAGUUGACAAGGUUCACGAGCGUAUCACAUUCAAAGCUCUUGCUUGGUUGCUGGAGCGAGUCAAGAACGUGGAUGACCGUUUCGGAGAGUGGAUGACAUCGAACUCGCCUCACGACUAUGCUGGCUGCCAACGAUGUGCACCUACUCCUCCAGAGAUACAUUGGGCUUUAGUCAAGCACAGCCCCGUAGCCGUUGAGGACCCGGUUCAAGCAGGAGCAUAUGAAAGGGCCUUGAAGCAGCGUCCGCCACCUUUCAUUACCCAACUGAAAUUAGACGAACGGCAAAUCGCUACUGUUCGGAUAGGGAUCAACUUCGCGUCUUUGAUGCAUCGCGCUCUUUCACGAAUGCCUCCUACUACUGGCAAAACGGGACAAACAAGUAUUGUCUGGCGUAUUCAAACGAACUACGUCCCUAUAGCCCGGUUGCCGAGGCAUAAAUUUACUUUGUCCAGCAAUCGACUCGACUCGCAGCAUAAGCAGCCCCCUUCAUUCAAAAUUCCUUUGCGUCCAGAGCAACUUCGAUCACUUACCUGGAUGGUAGCUCAGGAAUCUCCCAAAGCCGAACCAUUCAUCGAGGAGGAAAUUUCAGAGGCUGUCCUGGAACCUCUAGGAUGGCGAGCGGAAGGUCGAGCACAGCGACCUAUCAACGUACGCGGAGGUGUCCUUGCAGAUGAGGUCGGCUAUGGCAAGACUGCUAUCACACUUGGCCUCAUCGAUUGUACAGCCAUGAAGAUCAAGGACGCAGUGAAGGAGAAUGAUGUGAUACCGGGCAAGAUUGCUGUCAAAGGGACUCUGGUCAUAGUGCCUCCUCAUUUAGGCGUUCAAUGGCAGUCUGAGGUCGAGAAAUUCACCAAGAAGGACCGUUUCAAAGUCAGGCUUCUCAAUAAUGCUGCACACCUCAAUGCCGCAACGAUAAAGGACAUAAUGGACGCCGAUAUUAUUAUCGUCGCCUCUACCCUUUUCCGGAGUGAUAAAUACCUGGAGAACUUAUCAUCUGUGGCUGGCAGCUGUCCUAUUCCUUCCAAAGGCUCAGGUGGUCGAUACGCGAACGCUUGCAUCGAAAUGGCUCACUCGUCUUUGCGCCGUCAUGUGGAUUUGCUACGCGACGAAGGGGCUUCUGCGCUCAUGAAAUCUAUUGAAGAGGCCUCCAAGAAAGGUUUGUCAUACACUGCAGUCUGGUCAAAACAUUCUCUCAUUCAUUCGUUAGGUCCUGAUGCUCAUCUGGUGUUGCCAACCAAGCGACUAAAAGGCAAAACUUAUCGUAAUGCAACGCGCGAUGUCGAGAUUAAGGAGGAAUCACCGAAAGACGAGCAUCCUGUUCAAGUUAAAUCGUCGAAGGCGAAACCGCUCAAUGGCAAAAUCAUGGAAGUCUUCAUACCUCGUCCUCCUAAGCGUAAAACAUCGACCAGUGCCUCAUCGUCAGCGACAGAGGCGUCACCUCCUGUGGCGAGCUCGAAACGUCGGGCUAGUAAGAAGAUCAUUGUGAAUGACUCUGACGAAGAUGCAGGCGAUUCAAACGGAUCUGAUUACUACGAGUCACCCGCUGAAGAGUCAGGGGAUGAAGCGGAAGAUGUCGUUGAUUCGGAUGAGGAGGACAAGAAAGGCAAGUCAAAGCCAAAGCCUAAAGCGAAGGGGAAAGCGAAAGCUGUUUCCAAACCUCGCGGCAGCGCAAGUACUGUCUUGGACUCCGACGUCGCCACAAGUGAGGAUGCAAUGGACGUUGAUGAACAGGCGCCAACGAAGGGGAAAGGCAAGAAACCGGCUGUCAGCUCCAAGAAGAGGAAGUCUGUUGAACCUGACGAUGACGAUAAACGCCCCGCUAAGAAGACGAAGCAGCCCCGUCAUGAGAGCGACCCAUGGAAGCUCAAUACUAAAGCAGUCAAACGCGACUGGACUCAGAUGAAAGCACCUCCUUUGGAGAUGUUCCAUUUUGCUCGUAAGGUUAUUGAUGAGUAUACCUAUCUGGGCGGCCUCGUUCUUUCGAUGACUAGCCGCCUCUCUGCCGAUCGCGUUUGGGUAUUGUCAGGGACUCCGCCUGUCCAAGACUUCCCGGCCAUCAAGACGAUUUCAGCGUUCCUGGGUGUCCAUCUCGGUGUCGAUGCUGACCUGCCCGAGAAACCACGGAGGGGCGCAAGAAAGACUGACCUCACAGCUGCUGAGCAAUUCCACUCUUUCCGUGAAACACAUACCUUGGAAUGGCACGCACAUCGCAAUGAGAUUGGUCAAAUGUUCCUGAACCGUUUCGUUCGUCAGAACAUCGCAGAGAUUGAGGAAAUCCCAUGGAAGGAACAUGUCAUGAAGAUUGAACUACCCGCUGCCGAACGUGCAAUCUACCUUGAACUCGAGCAUUACUUGAGGGCUCUUGAUAUGACUAUCAAACGUGGCAGGAAGAACGAAAGCGAUAGGGAGAAACGCAUGCAUCAAGCACUCGGCGAAAGCGCCUCCGCGGAGGAGGCUCUGCUUAAGCGAUGCUCUCACUUCGACCUCGAGACGGCCGACCCGAAGCACGCUCAUGAGAACGCCAUGAAAGCCUGCGAUGUCAUCGUCGAAGAGAGAAGGAAACAGUUGGAGGAUUGCAAAGCGGACCUAUUGCGACAAAUCACGAAUGCUUUCAGAUGGGAGAAAGCAAUCGGCAAGAUGGACGAGGAAUCGCUUUUCCGCGAGUACGUUCGGAUAUCUCAGAGUGAAAGCGUUGGCGACAAGGAAGCAACAGACAUCGUGCGAGCAAUCAUCGAUAGGGCCUUAGACGAAUGGAACACUUCUAAAGGACCCAAACCUGAGGGGAAAACAGACGACCUCAAAUGGGAGCACCGUGAACAAACACACGAUAUUCGUCGCACUCAAAGGGAGUUACUUGGUCGGGUCCGCUCAUUGCGCUACUUCACCGUCGUGCGUAAUCUGCAGAGUGAAAGAGAAGAGCCAUAUGUCAUCUCUUGUCCUAUAUGCGGGCGUGACAAUAUUGGCAUUGACAAGAUUGCCGUUUUGUCCAGCUGUGGCCAUACCGGAUGUUACGCCUGUGUCAUGAAGUAUGCCGACCGUGAGGAGUGCGUUUACGCCCCUCAGGGUGAUUGCAGGGCUGCUGCUCGAGUUCUUAACGUCGUCAAAGGUGCUACCCUCGGGGUUGACGAUGUUGCCAGAGACGGCAAAGGAAAGCACUUCGGUCGCAAACUGGAGACUGUCAUUGAUCUCCUUCAGAACAAAAUUCCGAAGACAGACCGCGUCCUGAUUUUCGUCCAGUUUCAAGACCUCAUCAAGAAGGUUUCCGAGGCCUUGGAGCAUGCGAAAAUUGGAUUCCUUCAAAUCAAGGGAUCUGCUUCAGACAAGUCAAAGGCCUUGAAGAAUUACCAGAACAACUCGAAGGAACGUAUCCUCUUGCUGAAUGUCAUGGACGAGAGUGCCAGUGGCGCGAACUUGACGAUUGCAAACCAUGCCAUCUUCAUUUCACCCCUUCUUACCGACUCGAAGGAGACCUACCUUGCCAACGAGACACAGGCUGUCGGUCGUGUUCGACGAUAUGGUCAAACCAAGACCGUCCACAUCUACAGGUUCUUCAGUAUGAAUACCAUCGACGUCGAGACCUACGAGCAGAGGACCGGUAUUAGAUUGGAGUCGUAAAGAUCUUUGGGUAUCAUUUACGGAUGUUUGGCUUAUUUCUGUCUCUUGCUUUCGUGCACUUUUGCUGUGUCAACUAGACCAUAACCUGUGUCAUCCUUUCAUUCAAUUGAGUGUGCUAGAACAAUGUUCUCUAUAUCGCAUGUUGUAAUACCUCAUAUCUCAUGAUAUCAUAUUUCUUGGUUACUUCAGCUCGAACACUAUGAGGUGGAAACAAGUGAAUAAUAUUACAGUCGAUGGGGAUUAGGAUAUACAGUACAGUGAUGAUCAUACAGUCCUGGCGAUGAAUCGAUGAAUAGGUGAUACAAAGGGCUGCCGGUAAACCUUCUAUUUCUCCUCCGGUACGUCAAUCAUAUUGGU